AGUUCCUCACGCUCGAAGUUGGACGUCGCAAUCGCAAUCGACCCAUUCCACAUCCACACGCACAGUCGCACAGAUCUCUCUCCUUUUCCCCCUCAAUUGGCCGUCGCAAUCGCCGCCGUCGGUGACUCCUUUUCCCCCUCAAUCGCAAUCGCCGUCACGCCCAACCCGUUCGCCAUCAGCCGCAGUCCGCACGCCCAACCUGACACCCGUUCGCUCAGCCGCCGUCACGCCCAACCCGACACCAUUAGCUCUUUACUUCACCAUUGUGGCCACCGUAGCUGCAUUUGUUGGACAGCAUCUUUAAUUAUCUUCAUGUUGUCCUUCACGAUAUUCGUCAAUCGUCAGUGCACUCUCUCUAGUUAAAUCAAAUGGAUUCAACGGAUAUGGAGUUAGAGUGUGAUGGGAGUUGUGAAACUUCAAAAAUCGUAAGGGACGAAGAUACGGAUGGCAAGCGUAAAAUCAUUGAUGUUGAUCUUGAUUCAUAUGGGAGAGAAGAUGUUCCAAAUCCCCCAAAAAUAAGGAAGAAUGUCAGAAUGUCAAACAAUCAAUGGUUUGGGACCACUUUGAGAGGCUUAAAGGGAUCAUCGGAGAUUGAUAUCUAUUUGUUGGAAGCCAAUGUUAGGACCGAAGGUGAUUUUGACAUACUACAGUGGUGGAAGAUGAACAGUGAUCAAUUUGAGGUUCUUGGUCAUAUGGCUAGAGAUAUUUUGGCUAUUCCAGUUUCUACUGUAGCGUCUGAGUCGGCUUUUAGUACUGGAGGACAUGUUGUUGACUCAUCACGCUGCUCAUUGGCUCCUAAAACAGUGGAGGCUUUCAUAUGUACUCAAAAUUGGCUAAAUUCUGAUCCAAUACAUCUUCAAUUUCAACAUGAAUUGGAAGAGGCUUCAAAAUUUGAAGAAGGAUUUCGGGUGAUUAUGGAGAAUGAAAAGGAGUUUCAAGACCUUCCAGAUUUUGAUAAGUUGUCAAUUACCGAUUAAGAAAUUAUUAACUAAUUCUGAUCCAAGACUUGUAAUAUUUCUAUUGACUAGAUUAUCAUAGU